UAUUUAGUAUAGCUGCAGCCGGAAGCUCCACUGUGUCACCAAGCUGACCGACAAUACUUGGUGUGAUGGAGAGGUGAUGUGCUGGUGGGAGGAGCGGUAAGGCAAGAGGAGCCAUGACUGAGUGCUUCCUGCCCCCCAGCAGCAGCCCUGCGGAGCAGCGCAGGGCCGAGCACCCGGGCGGCGUGGCCCGCACCCCCAGCUCUGAGGAGAUCAGCCCCACCAAGUUCCCCGGCCUGUAUCGCACAGGAGAACCGUCACCGCCACACGAUGGACAUCACCACGAGCCGCCCGACGCCUACGUCUCAGACGAUGACAAAGAGCACAACAAGAAGAAGAAUAAGUUUAAAAAGAAGGAGAAAAGGACGGAGGGAUACGCCGCCUUCCUGGAGGACAGUUCGGCAGACGAAGCAGAAAGCCCGUCGAAGAUGAAGCGCUCGAAGGGAAUCCACGUGUUCAAGAAGCCGAGCUUCUCCAAGAAGAAGGAGAAGGACUUCAAGGUGAAGGAGAAAGGUCCCAAAGAGGAUAAGGUCAAGGAUAAGAAGUCAAAGGACCUGACGGCUGCAGAUGUGGUCAAACAGUGGAAGGAGAAGAAAAAGAAGAAGAAGCCUACGACGGAGGCCGAGGUGAUCCCGGUGGAGAUGCCGACCUUCAGGCCCAUCUUUGGAGCCCCUUUGGCAGAAGCCGUCAAGAGGACGGCUCUGUACGACGGCAUCCAGCUGCCAGCCGUCUUCAGAGAAUGUUUGGACUACAUUGAAAACUACGGCAUGAAGUGUGAGGGCAUCUACCGGGUCUCAGGAAUGAAGUCCAAAGUGGAUGAGCUGAAGGCGGCGUACGACCGUGAGGAGUGCCCCUGCCUGGAGGAGUACGACCCUCACACCGUGGCCAGCCUGCUGAAGCAGUACCUGCGCGAGCUGCCGGAGAACCUGCUGGGCUCCGUGGUGCAGCGCUUCGAGGACGCCUGCGGCCGGCAGGUGGAGGCCGAGAAGGUGACGGAGUUCCAGAGGCUCCUGACCGAAGUCUCCCCGCAGAGCCGGCUCCUCCUCUCCUGGCUCGUCACGCACAUGGACCACGUCAUCGUCAGGGAGCUGGACACCAAGAUGAACAUCCAGAACAUCUCCAUCGUCCUCAACCCCACCAUACAGAUCGGGAAUCGAGUUCUCUACAUCUUCUUCACCCACGUGAAGGAGCUGUUUGGAGACGUCGUCCUGAAGCCGGUGGUGCGACCGCUGCGAUGGUCCAACAUGGCGACCAUGCCGGCUCUCCCAGAGACGCAGGAAAACAUCAAGGAGGAGAUCCGGCGCCAGGAGUUCCUCCUGAACUGCCUGCACAGAGACCUGCAGGCUGGUGUGAAGGACCUGUCCAAAGAGGAGCGACUCUGGGAGGUUCAGAGGAUCCUGACUGCUCUUAAACGCAAGCUCAGAGAGGCAAAACGCCAGGAGUGUGAGAGUAAGAUCGCCCAGGAGAUCGCAAGCUUGUCAAAGGAAGACGUAUCGAAAGAGGAGAUGACCGAGAAUGAGGAGGAAGUCCUCAACCUGCUUUUAGCACAGGAAAAUGAGAUUCUGACGGAGCAGGAGGAGCUGAUCUCUUUGGAGCAGGUGCUGCGACGACAGAUUGCAACUGAGAAAGAAGAGAUUGAGAGACUGCGGGGAGAGAUUGCAGACAUACAAAGUCGGCAGCAGGGUCGGAGCGAGACGGAGGAGUACUCAUCUGACAGUGAAAGUGAGAGUGAAGAUGAGGAAGAGCUGCAGAUGAUACUGGAAGAUCUCCAGAAGCAAAAUGAGGAACUGGAGAACAAAAACACCCACCUGAACCAGGCCAUCCACGAGGAGCAGGAAGCCAUCCUGGAGCUCAGAGUGCAGCUUCGCCUCCUGCAGAGCCAGAAACAGCAGCAACAACAGCAGCAGCAACAACAGCAGCAGCAGCAGCAGCAGCAGGAAGUGACUGUCCAACCUCCCGUAGAGCCGGCUCCUCCCUCCCAGCCCAGCCCCGAGCCACACAGCGAGGAACAGACCAAGCGCUCCGUCGCCGCCGUGGUUCCCGCUGCCGCCGACACGCCUGCCCCGACCAACGGGAAGGCGGCGAAGGAUCCGUCAAAACCCUCGCCCAACAAAGACAGAAGAGACACCAACAUGUGAGAGGUCGCUGGUCAGUUCAUGUAGUCUAACUCGCCGUCCUCCGGAGGUCAGAGUUCAUUAGUUCAUCCAUCAAGAGGCAGCCAAUGAAAAACUAGCUCUAUAAUCUCUGGCGCUUUGACUUUCUUUCCCGUUUAAAAGCAUAAACUGAGUAGCUUCUCUAGUGGACGAUCGGUCGCCACCGUGGGAGAUUUGCAGGGACCAUGUUUUCAAAUCUACAGUGCCAAGCUGGUAUGAAAGAAGAGGAGGGGGUGAAAGAGGAAAUGAAAGGAUUCCUGAAGGGUUUAUGAAGAGAUUAUAUGAAGUUUAUUUUUCACUGGUAACAGAGACAAGAAAAUAUCACAAAAGCAGAUAUAAUCGCAGUCCCAGUAACUCAGUUUUAGCCCUCGUUUUAAUACAAAUCUGACAAGUUGGAGUCCGCCGUGCCAUAACUGAAGAAGCCCGACAGUGAACCACUAACACGAAAGCCCCGAUCAGUCUGUCUGUAUCCUCUAUAUUUAAGUUCUCUGGUGAAUAUUUAUGGCUGUUGGAGAAAUACUUUGAUUUUAAUCACAGCUGUUUAUUAAUAUAUGAAUAAACCUAUUGUAGAUACUUUUCCGUCUUUAAACAGCAGAUGCACAAAAGCGCAGAGACGUUGCACCUCGCAGUUGACCAGCGGAUGAAAACAAAUGCAUCCCAAAAGCAUAUUCAUUACUGCAACGUGUCAAUGCACAGUAGUGCACUUACUCCUUUAUUUCUUUUUUUUUUUGGUUUUCUCAGCCUCUACUGUAUAAACAUGGAAAAUUACAUUUCAGUUUACUGUUGUUGAUUGUAAAAGAUCCAGAAAGUGUGCGGAGAUGCACAGGAGACUCGUCUAGCUUACCGUGUAUUUUUUUAACUCUUGAUGUAUAAAGCUAUUCAUGGCAUCAGCUGGAAAAAAAUGAAUAAAUCAUUUCAUAACAAAUCC